UGUAAGCUCGCUUGCUGGGCUUUGUGCUUAUGUACAGUUAAUAUUCAUAUUUGUUGUUGACUGCAGUCAAGGCAAAUUCACGAAUACAAAUACAAUACGAAAAAGGAGAAUAUGCGAUAAAGUAAAAUGUAAUAAAUGUUUUAUUAAUUACAGUAAAUUUGUGCAAAAUGUGGCUAAAACGUGUGCGAUAAAAGUAAAACGAGAGUAAAACCAGUACAACUACAACAACAACAAAUAAAGUAAAAUACAAAAAAUUAAAGAUAAAAAUAAAGAUAUAAAGUGCAGGGACAGCGCCAGCAACAAAAACUGCGCGUGACUGUCUCUGGCUCAGUGUUAGUGUAUCUGUGUACGUGUCUCUGUGUUUGUGUGCGUUUGCAACAGAUGCUGCAAGCGUUAUACUAUAUAUGUGUGUUGUUGUUGUGCAAAGACAACAACAGCAACGACGCCUAAAACGACUACAACACGAAAAUACGUCAUCAACUGAGAGCGUCAACAGAAGCAGCAGCAACAACAACAAUUGUAUCAACAACGGCAGCAGCAACAACAGCAACAGCCAUGUUCAAGUGCAUUCCAAUUUUCAAAGGCUGCAACAGGCAGGUGGAAUUUGUGGACAAACGCCACUGUUCCCUGCCCCAAGUGCCCGAAGAAAUAUUACGCUAUUCGCGCACCCUUGAGGAGCUUUUUCUGGAUGCGAAUCACAUACGCGAUUUGCCAAAGAAUUUCUUCAGAUUGCAUCGCCUGAGAAAACUGGGCCUGAGUGACAAUGAAAUUGGUCGCCUGCCGCCGGACAUACAAAACUUUGAAAAUCUCGUCGAGCUCGAUGUUUCACGAAACGAUAUUCCCGACAUUCCCGAUGACAUUAAACAUCUGCAGAGUCUGCAGGUGGCCGAUUUCAGCUCGAACCCGAUACCAAAACUGCCAUCUGGGUUUUCGCAGUUGAAAAAUUUAACCGUACUGGGCCUAAAUGAUAUGUCUCUUACCACAUUGCCCGCCGAUUUUGGCAGUUUGACGCAGCUCGAAUCACUGGAGCUGCGCGAGAAUCUGCUUAAGCAUUUGCCCGAAACGAUAAGUCAGCUAACUAAGCUGAAGCGCCUGGAUUUGGGCGACAACGAAAUUGAGGACUUGCCACCAUACUUGGGCUACUUGCCAGGCCUUCACGAGCUUUGGCUGGAUCAUAAUCAACUGCAGCGACUGCCACCCGAGCUGGGACUCCUCACCAAGCUAACGUAUCUCGAUGUCUCUGAGAAUCGGCUGGAGGAGCUGCCGAACGAGAUUGGCGGACUGGUUAGCCUCACCGAUUUGGAUCUGGCACAGAACCUGCUGGAGACACUGCCCGAUGGCAUUGCCAAACUGAGCCGUCUGACAAUAUUAAAGCUGGACCAGAAUCGCCUGCAGCGUCUGAAUGAUACGCUCGGCAACUGCGAUAAUAUGCAGGAACUCAUCUUAACAGAGAACUUUCUGUCCGAGCUGCCGGCCUCGAUUGGACGCAUGACCAAGUUAAGUAACCUGAAUGUCGAUCGCAAUGCAUUGGAGUACUUGCCACUGGAGAUUGGAGAGUGCGGCAAUCUGGGUGUGCUGAGUCUGCGCGAUAAUAAGCUGAAGAAACUGCCGCCCGAGUUGGGCAACUGCACCGUGUUGCAUGUGCUCGAUGUGAGUGGCAAUCAGUUGCUGUAUUUGCCCUACUCAUUGGUCAACUUACAACUGAAGGCCGUUUGGCUGUCAGAGAAUCAAUCACAGCCGCUGCUAACCUUCCAACCCGACACGGAUGCUGAAACAGGUGAACAGGUGCUUUCCUGUUAUCUGCUGCCCCAGCAGGAAUAUCAGCCCAUUACACCGGCACGCGAUUUGGAAUCCGAUUCAGAGCCCUACGAGGAACGUGAGCCCUCACGCACCGUUGUCAAGUUCUCCGAGGAGGUUUCCCAGGAGAAGGAUACGCCAUUUGUGCGUCAGAAUACACCGCAUCCCAAGGAUCUGAAGGCUAAGGCGCAGAAAUUGAAGGUGGAGCGCAGUCGUCAUGAGGAGAACACCAAUUUGAUGUCACUGCCAGAGGAGAACGGCAUGAAGACAGCUGUGACAGAAACCGCUGCCGAGACACGCACUAUAGCAAAUAACCACCAACAGGUAGUCGUGACAUCAACCAAUAACUCGGCGGCUGCACAGCCAGUACAGAAACCAGCAACUGUGGUGAAUUCAAAACCUGUUGCCGUCGGAAUCGUUUCACCAACACCUACACCAACGGCAACGGCAAUAGCACAGCCACAAACCACACAGGGUGAGUCGACAACAACAGCUGCUGUUAUCGAGAACACAACAGCAACAGUUGCUGCUGUAGCUGACGAUGUCGCUGACGAACAGGAAGAUGAAUAUGAACCCGAUCGUCGAGUAGGCUUUCAGGUGGAGGGAGAAGAUGACGACUUCUACAAACGACCACCAAAGCUGCACAGACGCGAUACUCCGCAUCAUCUGAAGAAUAAACGUGUGCAGCCGUUGACCGAUAAACAGGCCAAUGAGAUAUUGGCCAAUGCUUUGGCCUCACAGGAGCGCAAUGAGCCAACGCCGACCAAAGUGCAGUCGCCAAUUGAGGAGAACGCUGAUGCUGAGCUGGAACAAGAACAGGAACAGCAACAUCCAUUCGAUACCUCUCUCUCCCCGAUACCAGCCCCAGUCGAAGUAGUCUCAGAUAACAUUGAUGGGGUGACGGAGCUGCGACUGGAGCAGUAUGAGAUACACAUUGAACGCACCUCGGCGGGUCUGGGACUGAGCAUAGCCGGAGGCAAGGGCUCGACGCCGUUUAAGGGCGAUGACGAUGGCAUUUUCAUAUCACGCGUCACCGAAGCAGGCCCCGCCGAUCUGGCUGGCCUCAAAGUAGGCGACAAGGUGAUCAAAGUGAACGGCAUUGUCGUGGUGGAUGCGGAUCAUUACCAGGCCGUGCAAGUGCUCAAGGCAUGCGGUGCAGUUUUGGUGCUGGUGGUGCAACGGGAGGUUACACGGCUUAUUGGUCAUCCCGUGUUCAGCGAGGAUGGCAGCAUCUCGCAGAUCUCUGUUGAGACGCGUCCACUCGUCGCCGAGUUGCCGCCAGCUGUCCAACAGGAACGUCACAUUCCGCCGCCCAUUCAAAUAAUUCCGGAACAGCAGCUGCCUGUACAGCUGACCCAGCCGAUCCAGCCGAUCCAGCAGAUGGCUCCUGCACAUAGCUACUCGGGCAAUGUGUUUGCCACGCCCACGCCGGUAUCGAAUGGAAUGCUGCUGGAGAAUGGCAAGGAUACGGCGCCGCUGAGUUUCAUUCAAUUGCACACGACGCUCAUACGGGAUCAAAUUGGCCAGGGAUUAGGCUUCAGCAUUGCGGGUGGCAAGGGCUCGCCGCCGUUUAAGGAUGACUGCGAUGGCAUUUUCAUAUCGCGCAUUACCGAGGGCGGACUCGCUCAUCGUGAUGGCAAAAUCAUGGUUGGCGACCGUGUCAUGGCGAUUAACGGCAAUGACAUGACUGAGGCGCAUCACGACGCGGCUGUUGCCUGCCUCACAGAGCCCCAGCGAUUUGUGCGUCUCGUCCUGCAGCGCGAGUAUCGUGGACCCCUAGAGCCGCCAACGAGUCCCCGCAGUCCCGCCGUGCUCAACUCGUUGAGUCCCUCCGGAUAUCUGGCCAAUCGACCAGCCAACUUUAAGCGCUCUGUGGGCGAUGUCAACGUUGCGGAGCAGCCUUACAAGUACAACACAUUGGCCAACACGCCCACGGCGACAGCAACUGGUGUUGCCUACACAAACAGCAACAACAACAAUAAUAAUAAUAAUACGCUGCCGAACAACAAGACAAACGGAUUUGUCACAGCUCCAGUUGCAGGGGCAGCUCCUGCUCCUGCUUCUGCAGUUACAUCACAUAUUGACAAAUCCACAGGUCAACCAGUGCCAGCACCACGUCGCACCAACUCGGUGCCUCUGGGCGAUGGCGAUGGGCCACUGAAUGGUGCCGCAUCCACCAGUAGUGGCGAUUCGGGCGAAGCUCAGGAAGUGGUCCUGCCCAAGAAUCAAGGCUCUCUCGGCUUCAGCAUCAUCGGCGGCACGGAUCAUUCCUGUGUCCCAUUCGGUACACGAGAACCGGGCAUUUUCAUUUCCCACAUUGUGCCGGGUGGCAUUGCCUCAAAAUGCGGCAAGCUGCGCAUGGGCGAUCGGAUACUGAAGGUGAACGAGGCAGAUGUCUCAAAGGCCACACAUCAGGAUGCUGUCCUCGAACUGCUGAAGCCUGGCGAUGAGAUCAAGCUCACCAUACAGCACGAUCCUCUGCCCCCUGGUUUUCAGGAAAUUCUGCUGGCCAAGGCGGAGGGUGAGCGCUUGGGCAUGCACAUCAAGGGCGGCCUAAAUGGACAACGUGGUAAUCCGGUGGAUCCAUCUGAUGAGGGUGUUUUCGUGUCCAAAAUUAACUCGGUUGGAGCGGCUCGACGCGAUGGAAGGCUUAAGGUGGGCAUGCGUCUGUUGGAGGUCAACGGCCAUUCGCUGCUGGGUGCUUCACAUCAAGAUGCUGUCAAUGUACUCCGUACUGCCGGCAAUGAGAUUCAAUUGGUCGUAUGCAAGGGUUACGACAAAUCCAGUUUAAUGCAUUCCAUUGGCCAAGCAGGUGGCAUGAGCACCGGCUUCAAUUCGUCUGCGUCCUGCAGCGGUGGUAGUCGUCAAGGCUCUCGUGCCUCAGAAACGGGUUCGGAAUUGAGUCACAGCCAAAGCAUAUCGAGCUUGGAUCACGAAGAAGAUGAACGCCUAAGACAGGACUUUGAUGUAUUUGCGGCACAACAGCCGGAUACAGCUGGAACUCCGGAGCCCACCAGCCAAACAGGCUUAGCAGCAGCAGCAGCAUUGGUGCACGGCGCACCUUCACCUUCCCCCAUACCCACCACACCGACGCCGCCCGCUGUGUCCGCUAAUUUAGCACAGCCAGACACAGUUGCCGAACAGACCGUGGCGCUCAUUCACGCCGAGCAAACGCCUCAACAUCAACAACAACAGCAGCAGCAAACGCAACUGGCAACAAUUGGUCAGGAGAAAAGCACGCAGGAGAAGGUGCUGGAAAUUGUACGCGCUGCGGAUGCUUUCACCACCGUGCCACCGAAAUCACCAUCAGAGCAUCAUGAACAGGACAAGAUACAAAAGACAACGACGGUUGUUAUAUCGAAGCACACGCUCGAUACAAAUCCUACCACCCCCACAACGCCAGCAGCUCUGCCAAUCGGUGCGUCGCCAUUGCUGCCACCAGAGUCAGCGACCGUUGCUCAGACUCAGACACAACAACAGCAACAACAGCAGCAACAGCAGCAGCAGCGUGGAACUCAGACGCCGGAACGACUCGCGCCUGGAGCUCGAAAUUCUUAUCAACAGAUGCUGGAGGCACAGGAGGAGUGUAGAGCUAAAGAGCUGAUCACGACACCCAAGAAAGCUGAGCCGGUGUACAUCAUCGAUGACGAUGAAGCGGACGAGAUUGAUGCUAUUCCAGAGGAAGAUGAGGAAAUCGAUUCUUCACCACCGGCGGACGUGCAAUCGCCGCCUUCAUAUGCGGACACCGAUUCCGAUUGCUUUGAUCGUCCGCGUGGACGUUACACCAGCGACUCGGAGAGCGAUUGUCGUCCUUAUAAACCGACGCGUUCCGGUCGCAGUACACCGGAGUAUGCUGGAGGACAUCGUAAGUCGGUGAGCUUCGAUCUCAGUGGCGAUGAGCGCUCCAGGUCGGACUAUGAACGCUCUCGUUCCCGUACUCCAGACCGAUUCACUCGUGCCUAUGACUCGGAGCAAGACACGCGGACAACUUCAAGCAGUCGGAUGCCACGUAAGGGAAUUCUUAGGGCCACGAGUCCCAGCUCCUCCAGCAGCUCCACUCUGGAGCGUCGUCCUGAGAAGCUAGCACCUAUCGUGCCUGCUGUGGCGCGAAUUCGAGAGGUGGAAUCACCGCAACUGCAACGUGUCUCACGCGCCACAUCUCCGGAAAGACCUGGCGAAUUGGAGCGCGAGAAUCCCUUUCGCCAUGCCAGAACUGAUGAAGAGGAUGAUGAGUACACGCAAAUUGCCAAAGCCAUCAAUAGGUCGCCACGUUCACCUCGCGAGCAAUUCUUGUUUAGCACCUCACGCUCCAAUGAAGAUCUGCUGGAGCAAUCGCAUUCCAGCGGACGCAGCACACCCAGCACGGUCAUAUCAAAGUCCACGGAGAAUUUGACGGGUGCUCGGCCCAAAGUACCCCCACCCACGUUACCCAAGCCGCAGCUCAAGAAGGCCGAUCUGGUUCGCAACGUGGCCCUCGAGACAUUCCAGGCCAGUGAUGUGGGCCAGGGGGACUUUGCGGUGUUCGAGCACGAUGCCAGCACCAACACCAUCCACCAGGUGCCCAAGUUGCCAGUGCGCGUGGGUAACAAAUCGUCCCGUCCUCGUGAGAGUCCACCUCCGCCUCCCGUCAACUAUGCCACAUUACCCAAAUUACCUUUGCCCAAACCGACGACGCCCUCAGUGCUGGAGGAGUCAAUGUAUUUGGAGGCUCUGCCGCCAGCACAGCGACGUCCUCACGAUUUUGUGCAUGAGAACUCGCCGGACAACAUAUUGGUUACGGCGGAACAGCAUCGUCAGUUUCUGUUGCGCGAGAAUGAAAUGCGAAAUCAGCUGCGUGCUCCCUACGAGCCGGCCCCGCCCAUACCUAUUGCAGGGAUGAGCAGCGAGAGCAGCAACAACAAGUUUGCGGUAAACAACCCUUUUCUAGAUUGUUGCGAUACUGACAUUGACAGCCUGCCACUCCCUCCACCGCCACCAACCCCAUCACCACCAACACCUCCAAUAACAACAACAACAACAGCAACACCAUCUAUAACAUCAAUAUCAAUUAGCGCCGACACACCACCCCCAAGACCACCACCACUAGCACCACCUGCCCAGCUCUCACGUCAUUUGCAUGAGUCGCCUAACCGACUAACCGCAGUCGCCACUAACGCAUCAACAUCUUAUUCUCCCACUGUCACUGCCACUGCCACGGCUAAUGCUAACUAUCUGAUGGAUGCCGCACCACAGCAGCUGAUUUUGGGCGCAGCGUCGCCAGCUCAGAUCUUUCCCACGGCCCAAAUACUGCCGGUUCAAUAUGCGAGCUUGCCACAGCCGCAGCAGCCUAAUAAACUAAACCUAGGUGCCACAAAUCCAUCGUCGUCGCCGUCGUCGUCGUCGUCACAGCCCAUUUUUAACCUGGUGCUGCUGCCGGGCGAUCAGCGCCAGGUGGUUGCCGCCAACUCAUCUGCUUCGGCGGUGCUUUUAAGUGGUGCAAGUGGUCCGCUUUAUCUGCAAGCGACGCCAGCAACGCCAUCAGCGUCGAAUGCAGCACAGUUAACGUUAUCACCUGGCGGCGAGAAUGCAGCAGCAACGGCGACGGUGACACCAACGAAAGUGCCUAAAUCGGUAUCCGAUAAAAAACGAUUCUUUGAGUCUGCUAUGGAGGAUCAACACAAGCCCACACAAAAGACAGAGAAAGUUUUUUCAUUCCUGUCAAAGGAUGAAGUCGAAAAGUUGCGCCAAGAGGAGGAAAAGAAAAUUGCAACAUUGCGUCGUGAUAAGAAAUCCAGAUUAUUGGAUGCCGCCAAUGACAACAUUGACAAGGAAGAUGCCAGACAUCCUGAUAGGCAACAUGAUAACGCUGACAACAGCAACAGCAGCGACAAUGAUGACGACGACGACGACGAUGAUGAUGAUGAUGACGAUGAUGAGGAUAAUGAGAUGACCAGUCGUAAGGAUGUCGUUGAUAAUGUUGUGUUGGCGCAGUUCGAUGAUGCAGAGGACAUUAGAACCGCACAAAGUCAAGCGCAGACAAUUCGCGUGCCCAGCAAAAUUCCCAAGCAGCAGAGACAGUUGAACGUCAAGGCCACGCCCACGCCUACCGCCACGUCCGUGCCCACGCCUGCAAAUGAUACGCCCAAGCCGUCGCUGUUGCCGAAGCCAAAGGUCAAAGUGGUGAUGCCGCCCGCAUUGCAGCAGCGUCUUUGGCAACACCAGCAGCAGCAACACCAGCAGCAGCAACAGCAACAACAUCAAUCGCAGCCCGAUGAGCCAACCAUACACGAAGAGGAGCUGCCUGCCACGCCCACUGGCUCUGGAAGCAGUCGCAUACCCGUUCGCACCCUGAAAGCCGAACGCCGCGCCCUCGCAGCAGCUGCACGCCAGGCAGGCAUCAGUGUGGAGGAGUACGUCCGCCAGCUGGAGGAGGAGCAGGAGCAGGAACAGCCGCUGGAGCGUGGUGGCUCACCAGCCACGCCCACGACGCCUACGGGCAAAAGUCGUGCCAUGAUGAACGCCGAGAAGCGCGCCUCGUGGCGUGCAGCACGUCUGCGAUCGCUGGAACAGGGCGCCGUUGAGGCCCAGGAUGUGAUCAAGAAUAUGCGCAAGAUGACCGACGACUUGAUCACACACGAGUCCAGGGCCAGCGAGCCGAAAAUAGUCUUUCCAAAAAUUGCCAUAAAGUCUAGCGAUGGUCCGGUCAUCGUGCGCGAACGCGAGAAAAUACUCGAUGAGAAAAUCGUGCGACGCACUGAGGAGGUGCCCUGCCCCAUAACGGGGCAACCUCAAUUGCGCACCGUCGAGUACAUAGAAAAAAUCAUCGAAACGGAGGUGGAGACCUGCAAGGAGCGCAUCAUUUCGUUGGAGCUGCAAGUGCCGGAGUCAGAGGAUGGCUCACUGGACGAUACGCAGCCGCCAUUUGAAUUGCAGGCGGAUGAUGAUUACGAUAACGACGAUUACGACGAUGAUGAUGACAUUGAGGAGGAGGAAGAGGACACCGCCUCGAUAGUUACUGUUCAGGCGACCAGUGACAAACUGUUUCUACGCCACGAUGCGGAUGCCUAUGGCCCAUCCUCCAUUGAGAGCGGAUCGUCGGGCAAAGUUCGCAUCAAGGCCACGCCGUUGACUUUGCACCAGACGCUGGCCAAGGAGACGACCAUCGUGGAGGUGCUUAACCCCGUCAUUGGCGGCGAUGGGAGCGCUCGUACCAUCCAAGUGAGUGGUUCGCCCUUCGACCGGGAUGAGCUGGGCGAGGGGGCAGCUUCACUGUUGCACAGUGAAACAUUUGUGUUGCCCACUGGCGGCAAGUCGGAGCUGUCAUUAAAUGCAAAAAUGAAGAAUGUACUUGAGGAACUGCUGGAGAAUGAACGCGUCAAAUUGAAUUUGCAAAAGAGCCUCGAGGAGCAGAGCGAUGACGAGGAUGAGGAGGGUGAGAAUAUAUAUGUAGAUGCGCGUGAUGAUGAGGAGAGCGCCUAUGGUGAUGCCAUGGAUGAUGUUGUUGACUUUGGCAUUACAGCGGCGCCCGCAGGUGGAAACAAAGCUCGCGACGAUGCCAAGAACGGUAAUCAAGAGCUACUAGACGAGCUGAUAAGGGACAGUAAUCGCAACACCAUUAUUGGCAAACUGGCCAGCCAAUUGGCCAUGAACGACGACGACGAUGAGGAGGAUGACGAGAGUAGCGAUUCCUCGGACGAUGAUAGCGAUGAUUCCGACGAGGAAUUUAUUGACGAGUACCUAAAUUUUGACGCACAGGUAAUCGAGAAUCUCAAUACGGGGGCCACUGGUAGCAAACUACAAAAGUCACAGACUUACACCACUGUGAAGCAGGCGGAUCCAGAGGAGCAAGCCGCGUCCGCAGUCACGUCACCCGGUGGCAACGCUGGCGACACGCUGGCCCAGCUGCAGGCCGAGCAGCGUGCUCUGGCCGAGAUCUCAAAACAGCUGCGCAAGUCUGUCGAGGAUUUGCUCAGUGCCGAUGGCGCCUCGGUGGUGGAAACACAACGAACCUACACACUGCCAGCGUCCAGUGACAGCGCUGCCGUUGUCACCGUCACGGAGGUGGUCAAGAAACAGAAGAAAACUGCACGCCAGUCAACGCCUGGCGAGUCUGGCGAGGCUAUAUUCAAUCGACUGCUCAGCGCCGGCGAAUCCGAGCGUCAGAUCUUCGACCAGCAGCAGGGUGAAACCAUUACCACCACCACAACAACCACAGAGGCAUUGCCGGCCACGGGAGCCUGUGCAGCUGCUGGUGAGCCGAGCACCAGUGUGGUGACCACCACACGUACUGUUUCCAACAUUGUCACCAGUGGCAUUCCCAGGCUUGAGGCAAGCAAACAAACCAAUCGCAGCAACAACAACAGCAACAACGGUAACAAUAAUCGCAGCAAAAACAAGCGCAAAGGAAAGAAGAAAUAGACGAGUGCAUAGAACGAUAGAGAACGACAAAUUGCGCAUACGACACAUGCACAAAAGUUAAGAAUGGCGUCCAGCCGAUGAAAGUAUUUGCGUUUCGAAGGCCCCUCAAUCUUAUUAAUUACCAAACUAUGAACUCCGAGCAUUCCGACUGCCCAUCUUACACUGGGCCUAAGUUUAAGGACUAGCUCUAAGCGACGACACAACACAUCAUAAGAUAACACUAAACUAUACAACAAACGAGUUGUACAUUUUGGAUGUUGCAUUAUUCUACUAUAAAGUAGUUGCUGUAGUUGUAGACGUUGUUAAUAUACGAUAAUACAAAGCACAAUUACAAUAUACGAGGUAGUCAGUUUCUAAAUACAUAAAUUAAAAAACUGUAAAAAACCAAUACGAGCAAAAUGAUAUAAUACCUAUGAUAUAUGAGCUAUAAAUAUAAUAAUUAGCAUUUAAGCGAGUAAAAACCAUUUUUUAUAAACUGACAAAACAUUGUGGCAAUGUAAUAAACAAUUCAAUUCAUUUUUAUUUUUAAA